UUUUAGGUGCGUAACCAAGUGCAACGUUGUGUCGCUACAACGGCGCGGACAAUGUGUGUGCGUGUGUGUGGGGAUAAACGUUUUUGAAAAGUUACCAACAACAACAACAACAAAAAUAUUUAGUUUAUGUCCAAAGCGUAUAGUAUUGAGAAAUCGUAGAAAAAAUUCAAAUUCGGUCGAACUUUGUGCAAAAGAGAGUGUGAAAAUGUGAAUUUAUACGCGUUGUCUGCGCUAAAACGCCUAAAAGUAGACCAGCUCUAGCUCUAGUGAAAAAUUGUGGUCGUAAUUGGAAACGUGUAUUCAACGAAAGGGAAAAUUUGCGAAAAUCGCAACGGUAAAGGUACGCAAACAACGCAAGCAAAAUGCCUGGCGGACGUCGAGGACUUGUUGCACCGCAGAACACAUUCCUGGAGAACAUCAUACGGCGCUCGAACUCACAACCGGACAGUUCGUUUCUAUUGGCCAACGCACAGAUUGUGGAUUUUCCGAUUGUUUAUUGCAAUGAGUCCUUUUGCAAGAUUAGCGGCUAUAAUCGUGCUGAAGUCAUGCAGAAGUCGUGCAGAUGCGGCUUCAUGUAUGGCGAGCUGACAGACAAGGAAACGGUGGCGCGGCUGGAGUUCACAUUGGAGAAUCAGCAGCAAGAUCAAUUCGAAAUUCUACUCUACAAAAAGAACAAUGCUCAAUGCGGCUGUACGAUGUCGAAGUAUGGAAAGUCGCAACCAGGUACAAAACGCCCGGUUGACUCAAAGCUGCAGCAGCUAAUAAAAAAUGGCAAAUUAGAAACUCCGCUAUGGCUGCUGUUGCAGGUUGCGCCCAUACGCAACGAAAGGGAUUUGGUUGUGUUAUUUCUGCUAACAUUCCGGGACAUCACGGCACUGAAGCAGCCGAUCGACAGCGAGGACACAAAGGGUGUUUUAGGUUUAUCGAAAUUCGCCAAACUGGCGCGUUCGGUGACACGAAGCCGUCAAUUCAGCGCACAUCUGCCAACACUAAAGGAUCCAACGAAGCAAUCCAAUCUGGCGCAUAUGAUGUCACUCAGCGCCGAUAUUAUGCCACAAUACAGACAAGAAGCGCCUAAGACGCCGCCACACAUUCUUUUGCAUUAUUGUGCAUUUAAAGCAAUUUGGGAUUGGGUGAUAUUAUGUUUAACAUUUUAUACCGCCAUUAUGGUGCCAUAUAAUGUAGCUUUUAAAAACAAAACUUCAGAAGAUGUUUCAUUACUCGUCGUUGAUUCCAUUGUAGAUGUUAUAUUCUUUAUAGAUAUCGUUUUAAAUUUCCACACAACGUUCGUGGGCCCCGGCGGCGAGGUCGUCAGCGACCCCAAAGUGAUACGCAUGAACUACCUAAAGUCCUGGUUCAUCAUCGAUCUGCUCAGCUGCCUGCCAUACGACGUCUUCAACGCUUUCGAUCGCGAUGAGGACGGUAUUGGCUCGCUCUUCAGUGCGCUGAAAGUGGUGCGUCUGCUGCGACUGGGGCGCGUGGUGCGCAAGCUAGACCGCUAUCUGGAAUAUGGCGCCGCCAUGCUCAUACUGCUGCUCUGUUUCUACAUGCUGGUGGCGCAUUGGCUGGCCUGCAUCUGGUACUCGAUCGGCCGCAGCGAUGCCGACAAUGGAGUAAGUGUGAUACAGUACAGUUGGCUGUGGAAGCUGGCCAACGUGACGCAAUCGCCAUACUCGUACAUCUGGAGCAACGACACCGGACCGGAACUGAUAAAUGGUCCGUCGCGCAAGAGUAUGUAUGUGACGGCGCUGUACUUCACCAUGACAUGCAUGACUUCGGUGGGGUUCGGCAAUGUGGCCGCCGAGACGGACAACGAGAAGGUGUUCACCAUCUGCAUGAUGAUUAUUGCAGCGCUGCUGUACGCGACGAUAUUCGGUCACGUGACGACCAUCAUCCAGCAGAUGACCUCAGCGACGGCGAAGUACCACGACAUGUUGAAUAAUGUGCGCGAGUUCAUGAAGUUGCACGAGGUGCCGAAGGCGCUCAGCGAACGCGUCAUGGAUUAUGUGGUCUCCACGUGGGCCAUGACCAAAGGCUUGGACACCGAAAAGGUACUAAACUAUUGUCCGAAAGAUAUGAAGGCUGACAUUUGUGUUCAUCUAAAUCGCAAAGUAUUUAACGAGCAUCCAGCAUUUCGUCUUGCCUCGGAUGGUUGUCUGCGCGCGCUAGCCAUGCACUUCAUGAUGUCGCACUCGGCGCCUGGAGAUCUGCUCUACCACACCGGUGAGAGCAUCGACAGUUUGUGCUUCAUAGUGACCGGCAGUUUGGAGGUGAUACAGGACGAUGAAGUUGUGGCAAUAUUGGGUAAGGGCGACGUCUUCGGCGAUCAAUUCUGGAAGGAUUCGGCCGUUGGCCAGAGCGCUGCCAAUGUGCGCGCCCUAACCUAUUGUGAUUUGCAUGCCAUCAAGCGUGAUAAAUUGCUCGAAGUCCUCGAUUUCUAUUCGGCAUUUGCGAAUAGUUUUGCACGCAAUCUGGUGCUCACCUACAAUUUAAGACAUCGACUGAUUUUUCGCAAGGUGGCCGAUGUGAAGCGCGAGAAAGAAUUGGCCGAACGGCGUAAAAACGAACCUCAAUUGCCUCAAAAUCAAGACCAUCUGGUGCGUAAGAUAUUCUCGAAAUUCCGUCGUACGCCGCAGGUGCAAACCGGCUCCAAAGAGGUUGUCUCCGGCCAAAGUGAUGUGGAGAAGGGCGACGGCGACGCGGAUCGCACCAAGAAGUUGCCUGCUAAAUUAACCCUCACAGAGGACUCACGCAUCCUAACAACAGCUGCCGCACCCUCUCCAACGCCAUCACCCUCGCCCUCAUCGGGUCCACCAUCUGCGCGUAGUACGCGUGCUAGUAAAUGGGGGCGCCUUUUGGGCAGUUCAAGUGUCGAUUCGGCUAGCGAUACAAGCGCCAAGGUAGCAGUCUCGAGAAGUUUGAGCGCCCGCGAAAGUCUGCGUGAGAGCACUGCCCAAGCGCGGCAGAGCAGUACUUCGAGUAGUAAUGGUGGACAAGGCAAUAAAAGCGCCGAGUCCUUAGAGACGAGCUUACAAAUUAUCGAGUUGAGGGACCCGCUGACAACCGCAGCUGUGGCGGCAGCAGCCGCAAAGCGCGUCAAGAGUUUGGAAUCGCUGACUACCGCAACAGCGACUACUUCGUGGGUGGAACGCAAAUGGCGCCGCAUACGCAUACUGGAUGUUUUUCCUAAAGCUCCUAAACUACAGGCUAGUCAAGCGGCGCUCGCGCGCCAGGAUACAAUCGACGAAGGUGGAGAAAUUGAUGCCUCGCCUCCCAGUCGCGACACGCGGCUAGUUGGGGAAAGUGGCUCGGCAGCAGCAGCAGCAGCGGCUGCACUGGCAGCUAAAGAGCGCAACCUUGCAUUGGAGCGUGAAAGGCAAAUCGAAAUGGCUUCGUCACGCGCCACCACAUCGGACACUUACGACACAGGUUUGCGCGAACAGCCACCCACAAUGGCGCAACGCGAUUUGAUCGCAACCAUGUUGGAUUUAAAAGUCGAUGUACGUCUGGAAAUGCAGCGCAUGCAGCAACGCAUUGGACGCAUUGAGGACUUAUUAGGCGAGCUGAUGAAACGUUUACCAGCACAUGAAUCGUCGGGUCAAACAACGCCAGCUGAUGAGCUCGGACCCAGUAGUGGCGGUGGUAGCGCGCCUGGUGCGGCUGGUAGCACAGUCCUGACUACACGCAUUGGUGUGAUCGAUGGCGGCGGUGGCGGCACACACUCAACCGCGGUUACGCCAGCUGCGGACACUGUGAUAACAAUUUCAACGGUGCCGCCCACGCCACCCAUUAGCACAAGCGCCGCCUCGGGUGUAGUGGUACAGAUCGGCGGUGUAGGUGGUGGCGGCGCAGGAGGCGUUGGUGUGCCUACAACUACGACGUCCGCAACCGUGGCGGUAGGCGCAGGCUCCACGCCCAUUCCACAAACACUGAGCCUGCUUAGCCCAGCACAGAUGGGGUCAGCGGCGACACAAGGCGGCAAUGGACUGGGACCGCUAAUGCUGAAAAAACGGCGUUCGAAGAGCAGGAAGGCACCAGCGCCUCCCAAGCAGCCAUCACAUGUACAGAGUCCAGAGCAGCAACGUUUGCUGGAAGAGGAACCCAUUGUGACGCCCACAACGGUAGUGCCGGUGACGGCGCCAGCAGUAACAACGCCAACAACAGCCACAUCGAGCAGCGCAGCCACUUCGCCCACAACGGCCGGACCGUCGUCGCUGGGCGGAGGUGGCAACACCAGCGGCACAUCUAGCGGCAGCGGCAGUGGCGGUGGUGGACGCAGCAAACGUGAAUUUCUCUAGCCCAAGAUAUUGGUGCGCCAUCAAUCGGACACUGGCAGUAGCUUCGAGCAAUAAAACGGCGAAUAAAGCAGACUGCGCAAGGCGAUGGCGUACAGCUGAAGGAAGCUGCGGAACGCUUCAUGUUCAUUUUAGGCUGCUGCGGCUUUUGCUGGACUAAGUUUUAGCAUAACAUAACAUAAGAUGUAUAAAUUAAUGUUUUUCAGUAAUUAAAUUUUCUGUCAACUAGCGUAUAGAAGCUUUCGAAAGCUUAAAAUUUAGAGCGCUAAAUUGCGAACUGCGACACGCAAAGCAUUUUGAAGCGUCGAGCAGAAAAAUAUUUGUGAUAACCAACCAGAUAUUAUGACUAUGAAAAAUUAUAAAAACAAAAACAAGCUAUAAAAAUUAAAUGUCAGCUAGUUAAAAGCAACAACAAGACCAGUUAUAAGCCGCUUAGAAAAUUUGUAAAUUUAUUUGUAAAUAUGUAUUACAAAGCGAGUCCAAAUGCUCGCCUGUUGAAGCUGUGUAGAUAUAUAAUAUGCAUAAAUAGAUUAUACAUGCCAGACAGAGGCGGAGACGAAGAGGAAGACGGAGGCCUAGGCCAAAACGUCUUGCAGUACAGUCAUAAAUAACUAUAGAUUAAUUAUAGAUACUUAACGACGACAGCAGAAAUACUUCGCUUGCUGAAGCUCCUUGCCUUUUUGAGGAAUUGAAUACCCACUAAUUUGCAAAAAAAAAAAAAACAAACUCGAUUUCAUUUUCUACUGCUACUUGGCUAUGUAAUCUUACCGAACCACUUUUUUCUGCUUUUGUGGCAAUAUUUUAUUUCAGCUAAUCUUAUUUUGGGAACGAGGCAAACUUUGCAAGCUUAAAACAACGCAAUACAAAGCCUAUAGCAAAUUUUCAGCUUAAAGCGCUCAACAGCAAUCCAACCUUUUUAAUCUGGUUUUAUACACAUUCUUUAUUAAAAACAGUUCAAACAUUUUGGAAAACAUACGAGGCGUAGGUCCACAAGUGACAUAAUAUAAUAAAUUUCAAACAUCGAAAACUGUUAUUGAAAGCUUUUGAAAAGCUCACAAUGCAAUUACAAAAAAUUUAAGCUUUGCGAGCCUUUAGAAAAAUACUCAGAAGAAUGGAAAAUAUCAGACUUUUCGCUUAUGGAAAUACAGCAACAAAGUGUUGACAUCAGGCAAAAAGCUCCUUAAGGCUUUCUGCAAGAAAACUAAGAUUUGUUAUUUGCUAUUUCUAGCCCUCACUUUACUCAAUUUUGUUGCUUCAUUUCGUUCAAUUUAAUUACUCUACUUUGCCAGAUAUCCUGCUGGCUUGGCUAUGUAGUCUUUCUUUUAAGCGAAGCCGAUCUUUGUCGGUUAAUAAGGCGUACACAAUGUUGCCAUAUGUUAUUUUUUCAUCUGAGUUUUAAGAACGAGAAUAUUGCAUAAUUAACUGCCACACAAAACAAAGCGAACAUUUUAAGAGAACGCAAAAUUACAAGCAGAGAAAAUACAAUUUAAUGAAUAUAAAAAGAAAUACAAAAAAUAUGCAAACUUUGUACUACAGUUUUCAUUUAGAAACCCGUCCUACAAAUGGAGAACACACAGAAUCAAACUGAGAACAAAUUUAAGCAAACAAAAACAACAAAGACAACGGUACUGAUUAUUAAGUAAAUAAAAUAUUAAUGUUGAAAGUUAUUUACAAACAAAGCAAAUAGGAAAAUUAAAAACAACUACAACAAAAAUUAAGCAAUAAAUGCAAAACUAAUGCUCCAUUAAAAUAACUUAAGUAAUUAUAGUAAUAAUAAACUAAAUUAAGUUCUACACAAGCAGAGCAGAAAACACAAUUAAAAUACAAUAUUUAACCGUUAAACAAAAUGAACAACAACCAAACGACAAUCGAAUUACAAAAGCAAAAUAAAAUAAUUUUUUCUCAACUUUACUGUAAAUACUUAGAGGUGGCAACACGCCACUUUUGUAUAUACACAUACCCACAAACGAAGUUGGUGCAAAAGGAGGUGACUUUCAAUUGAUAGAAUUCGAGCUACAAAGGGUUUAAAAGCUUCUUCUGAAACUUAAUUUACUCAAAGUAGUCAGAACAGGCGCGUCAGUUUACCAGGAUAGAUGAGAUUAGAAGAUCUAGUAGCCUGACGAUAUCAAGGGAGAAAUUCGAAGAAGUUAAGAACAAAGACAUAAUGCGGUUGUCUGCAGUUCUGAAUACUGAACCUCAAUUUCUCUAACACAGACGAUACAGAAAACCCCUUAAGGCGCUAUACUAGUGUAACCCAUGAAAAAUUAGUCAAUUUUCGUGAAUUUUUUUAACAGAAAGUGCUCGAUAAAAUGUUUCGAAGUUCUUUGGACAUAAUAAGGUAUAUUUUCAGCUAAAUUCUAAGAUUUUUGUUUUUACAAAAAUAUUGAAAAAUAACGGAAUUAUGUGCUGUCUUCUGAGGUCCCUAGAAAACAGGUCCUCAACUGCUGACAUAAUUCCGGCCGAAUGAGUUACUAUACCAAAUAAAUUCAAAAAGAUUAUUAAAGAUUAUUAAAGCUGAAGGUAUUUCCUAUACAACGACCAACGAUUUUUGAAAAAUAUGAAAAAGUAACAAAAUGGUGAUGUUCAGAAAACAAGUGUCGUUUUAUAGGUAAUAAAAUUGACAAUUUUCAACCAAACAGAAAGAUCGUAUGUCAUUAUAUUGUAAAUAUAUUCAAGAAUACUCAGUUUCAAUUUGAUUGGUCAAUUUCUCCUUGGGUUAGGAUGUCAGCAAUUUUGAAAAAAGUCGAUCCGUGAAAAAGGCGUUUGAAGUUCCAACUAUCCGAUUUAUAACUGCAAGCAGUCGCUUUUAAAAUGCUACCAUUCAAAAAAAUUUCAGGAUACGACUUUACCGAUUUUACAGGAAUUUUUGAAAAUAUAAACUAUCGAAAAAGCGAAAAAAGAAUCGAAUUUUUGAAAGUCUCACACUGGUACAGCCCCUUAAUUUAACUAAGUGUGAACAAGUGGAACACGAAACUUUGCUGGAAGUGCUUCGCUAAUGUAGUCUUAGUGUGGUUUUUUAGUUCGGUAAAAGCUUGAGCCUUCAUACGACUACUUGCUCUUUCCGGUAAGGAAAUAUAGUGAAGAAAAAUUAUCUAUUUUGUAAGAGAGUCACCUUUCUUUGGCCACACCGCACACCUAUGUACGUAUAAUUGCCCCCAACAAACACAAAUGCUGCAAUAGAACACGCGCUUGCAAUGUAAAUAUAGGAGAGCAAGGGUUUGAAAGUUAGUUUUUGGAGCCUCGCAUGUCAUGGCAUAGCAUAAUAAAUACCAAAUAUUUGCAUAAUUAUAUAUGUGAUAUCGUUAAGACGUGACGCAAAUUGUGCGCGAGCGUAUAGCAAGCAAUUUGAGGCAUGUAUUUGAGGUUAUAAACAGUUAAAUGCAAAAGUUUUUCAUUUCAUUUAUGAAAUUAAGUUACCAACUUGAAUUGCAAUAAAUUUGUAGCUAAAUUUGUGCACUUCUUCACAUAGGCAUAUAAAAGCAACACAUUUUGUUUUAGCAAAAUUUCUAGCUUAAUAAAAUCUGUGGCAUGCAAGCCAGCGCCUUAGAUUGUGCUGCACUUGGUUGAUUGCCUGAAGCGGUUUCAAAGCAGAAAUAGUUACAACACUGAGUUCGAAUAUCUCAAAGUGCUCAUAUUUUAAAGAUAUCUCUUAGGACAACUGCGUACACCGACACACUCACAUAUACACAUACACAUAGGUGGCUUAGGUCUAAUAGAGCAAUAAGUAAAGAAAGUUAGGUAAAUUGUAAAGAAAAAUAUUGUUCGAUGGUUGUUUUAUAUUAUUAGAGGUUAAGGCGGCGCGGCAUAUUUCUUUGAGUACCUUUAAUAAUAACUAAUUAAUUGUAAGUUGUUGAAAAAAUUCACAUUUAGAUAUAACUAGAGGCUAAAUUUGUUAAACGUCUUUGUUACUGUACACAAAUUUGCAUAAGUCCAAGAAGAAAGUGAGAAAAUGUUGACAUUCAUGUUUGACUUGACACUGACUUAAAAGGUAUUGGCAUUUUUAAUUGGCAAAAAGUUAUACGCGGUUGGAAACACCUGCUACAUUUUUAAGUAGUGUUUUUAGACACUUAACAGGGUAUAUUAAGUUUGCCAGGAAGCUUGUAACACACAGAAGGAAACGUGAUAGACCCUACAAAUUAUGAAAAAUAACGAAUUUAAGGCUACUUUCUCAAUGUCUGGUUACCAGCCUUUCUGUCCAGUUAAUAGAGUUGUCCACUUAAUGAUUGUACUUAACAAAUAUCAACAAAUUGUGUGACCGGCCAAUGUGCAUGCUUAAUGGAGAUGUCCGCUUAAUAGAGCAUCCAUUUUAUAGAGUUUUCAUUGUAUUUUUUUUUAUUUAUGAAUUGUUUUCACUAUCCUAUCUUCUAAGUUGGUUCAAACUGGACACAAUACGCUAAAUUUUGUUAAAAUCGGUUGAGUAGCUUAGGAGUCCAUCGCGGACAAACAACGUGACACGUAAUAUUUAUAAAUAAAGAUGAAUGAUAAAUGUGUCAAACGGAUAUUUUUUGAGAUAACUAUCUGAAAGUCCGUACACGUCCUUUUCUCACUAAGAAUUUGCUCUUUUAUUAGAACAGCUGAUAUCAGACCACUGUAGCAUACAGCUGCCAUACAAACGGAACGAUCGGAAUCAAGUGCUUGUUUGGAAAGCUUUUUCUUGCAACUCAAAGUUCCUUUCUUUGCGGAGUGUCAUUUAUGAUGGAAAUAAUACAUAACUUUCAACUUGAUGCCCCUGCGCAGGAUUCCCCGCUAUGAUUUGCUCUAUAUUUCGGGUCUACACGAAUGCAAAGUCAAAAUGAACGUCUGUUAACGAUUUUAAUGUUGUGAUUUAUGUCUGAUCGUAUAUUUGACGCCUUCGAGAAAUAUUCUUCAGCGUUUUAAGUCUAGAUCAGUCAAAAUUUGUGCAACUAAUCUACGUUUUGGCAAAAUAUCUUUAUUAGAGCAUUACAAAUUCAUACACAUAGUGCAAAAUAUGUACCAAAAUACUAACAAACAUACCAACUAACAACAAUUUAUGUGAUUUUUGAAUAAUCUUCGAGAAUUUCGUUACCUGAGUAUAGUCAACACUGUGCUAAUUUGUUAUUAAUUUUUUAAUGAAAGAAUAUAUCUAUGUAUAAAUUGUUACAGAUGUGUUUACUCCCAACUAGGUUAGGCUAGAUGGCUGCUCCGCCAAGCUGGCUUGAUAACAUACUUAGACUGUAACAGUUUACUGUACUGUUGUACAGUUUUUUGUGCAGCCAGUUAGACUUACUACUCUAGUUGGAUAACAGCUAACGACUAAGCGCCUUGAGCCUAUCACAAAUCUGCUUAGGUGCUUUCUUUCUAAACCUUACUAACCCCAAAUAGGUUCUUGGAAAGUGUAUAUUUACUCACACUACAUAAAUAUAUUUGUACAAACGACAAGCAAUUCCAAUAUGGUAUUAAAUACAUACAUACACACAUCUAAUUUAAAAUAUUUAGCCUAAAUUAUUUGUAGUUGUAAAUUGAAAAUUAUACUUAAAACAAAGUAAA